AUGCCUUUCUUUCGCGGAAUCGAGAUUUGCGUCGUCGCCAGCCGUGAAGCUCAGAAGCUGCCCGAGUAUCCUCAUCCCGACAGCGCCUCCGUCCGCCUUCGGAAGGCUGGCACCACCGUCGACAAUCUCGCCAACCGCCGCCAUCUGAGCCCGAAUUCGUCCACAUCGCCUACCGCUUCCGAGGCCGCUGAUCCGACCCGUCAGAAGGUUAACCCCCGAGUGUCUGUCUACGUCCCUUCGUUGCCCGGAAAGCAAUUCUACUUGCGGUACCAGAUCCAUCAGUCCCCACCACCUUCGAGAUGCAUCUUCUUCAAGAUGAUCAUGAAUGGUCGACCCAUCACAUCAUGGGGUCUCGACACCAAGAGUGCCACCACGGGCGCCGUGCACAAGUCUCUCUGUGAAGUAGGCGAAAGAUGGAUGGAAAGCCUCGGGGGUGACGUUGACGUGGGAGCCGCCGGUUUAGAGACGAGAUACUUCCAUUUCAUGCUCGGCAUCGACAAGAAGUCGUCUGUCGGAGAGGACGGCGGCCUGAUAGAGGUUCAGGUCUUCCGCAGUGCAGGACGAAAGCGUACUGCCACCAAGCCCGAGGUAUGGGCUAGUCAGGAGCGCCAUGGCAUCGCCUCACCCAGUGGCGGCUUACUCGACAACCCUCAAGACGCCACUUACUACCAGUACUACCUGAUCGAUGCUAGGGACUCGCCUUACGCGACGUUCUGCUUCCAUUACAAGUCGAUCAAGUACCUCGAGGACCUCAAUCUCAUGCCUCAACCCGAUGCCAGACUUCGACCUGCAUCCAUGAAUCAGUGCAGUCCGCCGGUGAUACCUGGCCGGGGAACGCCUGGAACCGAUCAGGUGUACCCGCUUGCACGGCCAUUCGCUUUCGGUGUCGAGUCUCUUGAUGCCCAGGUUUUUGACAAGGAGAUCAGAACCGUGAAUAUUGCCGUUUCGGAGCCAUGCACGGCACCGAAGCUGGAGCAGUAUUUCCUGAGGAGCCCCCCGAGACUGUCGGCGCCAUCUGCAGCACACGCCUCAACUGUGCCACGCGGCAAAGCUCCAAAGGAUGAGAUCACGGCUGAGAUCCUGCAGAGACCACUUCCUGAACUCCCAAAGUCGCAGUCAAGGCGGUCAUCUGUGUCGUCACUUCGAUCGAACUGCCCAUCGUUGACCCCUUCCCUGAAGCAGUACGUCGAGAGUGAAGACUUCGAGAACGAGGACAUCAGGUUGAGCACAGCACAGCCGCUACUGAUACCUUCGGAGUCGAUGCAGGCGCUCGAACUCGGCAAGGGCAGUCCAGGGGGAGAAGAGGGAUUCUCCAUGUCAGACUACGAGAUGUCACCUAGUUCGACAGAGACUUCUCAGUCGCCCGAGCUGCCAUCCCCAGCUAGCUACGUUCCCACCACAGGCAGUGUCCUCGAGCGGCAGCUCAUCCAAUUCGACUCGCCGGUCGCUCACCUAUCGCCUCGAACGGGCAGGACGCAUCUACCAGCGUCUGGAUCCGAGGCCACCUUGCUUGGAAACAAGGACCUGAACCGAUCCUGCACGCUUCAUCUGACGGAAGCGGAGUGGUUGAGACGCACCCCAUCACCCGCCGAGGGAGAUAGCGAGGCGGAUGGAGAGCUGUGGAGUCUACGAGCAGAGAGACAAACAACUGAAUUGGGAGCCAACGGGGGUGGUGCAGUGUUGGAAGGGGGCGUUCGGACUACUGAGUGCUCGGACGAGGGUCCUGUUGGCAAUUGGAUCUGA